AAAUCAGCGUGACCUAACACGGAGGAGUGAGUAUCGACAAGAACUUGCUUAGAGACUUCCGUAGCUGGUGUUAGAGCAUGUCUUGGCACAUUUGUGUCACUGAGUUAGCAGGUUAAUCAGACAACUUUCACCUGGUCUUAAAUUUCCAGUCCAUGAUGUUUGUCAGGGUUCAUAUUGUGGCUGCACUGAGGAGGUUUCUCCCUCCAGCUUCCACACUUGUAAAACAUCAUGGUACCAGUCCGUCCAUCACCUCCACAUCUUGCUCAGUUCUGACCGCAAGCCGAUUCCUGAGCACUGGCUGGACUUUGAAAAAAGAUGCUCCUCAGCAUAAACCUGAGCUUGACUUGGAUGUAUGGAAAUCGGUGAUGAGAUCCCAGGCACCGCAAGAUGACAAACCCAAGGACAGAGAAGAAGAAACCACAGCUGAAGAAGAAGACGUAGGCUCUCCAGUAGAGGCGAGCCGCACGUUAGUGGACAUGUGGCAUCAGGCUGGAAAACAAGUCCCUGAAAACAUUACAGAUGAGCAACUGGAGACGCUUGCAGAGCUCACCACGAAGUCCUCCAAGAGGAAGUACCUCAAGUACCUGGCUAUAAAAGAGGGCCAUAAGAAGGCCAAGAAAGAGAAAAAGGAAAAAAAGAGGGCUGAGAGGUUGGCGGAAAUGAAGAAGGAGGAGGAGGCAGGACAGGCUGCUGGGCAGGAAGAUGCAGAAGAGGAGGCUGAAGGAGAACCCAAAUUCAAAAAUACGUACCUGAUGCAAUUCUGGACUCGUUCUAUAGACAGAGUGUUCGGCUGGAGAGUGGCGCAGGCCAUGCAGUAUGGACAGCCGCUGGUCUACGACAUGAGCUACGACCAGCACAUGACGAUGCGUGAGAUGGAGAACACGAUCUCCCAGCUCAUGGAGACCGAAGGCUGGAACCGGCGCUCGAUAGAUCCUUUCCAUUUGCACUUCUGCAACCUACAGCCAGAUGGGUUGUACCAGCGGGAGCUCCUCAAACGCUACGGCCAGGAGGCAUGGGAUCGUCUUCUCGUUACUGCUACUAGCCAGCGUCACGUAGACAUGUUUCCGCAGGAGGACCUCGUUUAUCUGACCGCUGAUUCUCCCAACGUGCUACACACAUUCGACCACACCAAAGUGUACGUCGUCGGAGCCAUGGUGGACCGAUCCAUCCAGUCGGGCGUUUCUCUGGCCAGCGCCAAGCGCCUCAAGCUUUCCACGGCACGUCUGCCUCUGGAUGAGUACCUGCACUGGGAAAUCGGGGCCAAGAACCUAACGCUGGAUCAGAUGAUCCGCAUCCUGAUGACGAUCAAGGAGACGGGCAGCUGGGAGAAAGCUCUGGAGUUUGUGCCCAAGAGAAAGCACAAUGGCUUCCAUCAGCAAAGAAGUAAAGACACUGUUCAGAGAACACAGAAAGUCAGCAAGCCAGUGGGCGCUUUCAGAGGGAACGCAGACGGAGAACGAAGCCAAAUAUUUGUGAGUAAACAGAGACAGAAAAACCUCAAUAAACCAGCGUUGGGAUCAGAGAACAUAUCUGGACAGAGCAGACUGCGGAUUGCACUGAAAAGCAAACUCGAGGAGCGGAAGAAAGGAGAGAGGAAAAGAAACUGGUGGGAGGAAGAGUAGCCUUUGAACACUUGUGAUUUUUUUUUUCCCCUCCCACAAAGGAACUGCCUUUGUUUACUGAAUUUGAUGAUUGACAAAUAAACGGUUUAAAAAUA